AUGCAAUCCAACCACACGAAUAACACCACCAUCAUCAACUCCUCUUCUUCUUUUAUAUUUGUUCAAGCUCAAACCUCUACCUAUCGUUUCACCUCUGAAUUUACAAGAAACAUUCUUCUCACAGUCAAUGAAUCGAUCUCUGGGUCUUCUCAACAAGAUGUUCAUUCUCUCUUCGAUCAUUCAUCUGAAUUACAAUUAGAUCUAGAACAAAACUCUACUCAACCAAACUCUACCAUUUCUAUCACAACAACAAUUUGUUUUGCAUCGAUUGACUAUGACCAUCAAAAGAAUACCUUGUCAUGGAAAUUCAUCUUUGAUGAACCAUUGGUCGAGUGGACCUCUAAUCAGAUUUCCUUAUUUUCCAAUUAUUAUUAUUUUCGACUCAUUCACUCCAAUUUGUUAAACACUCGUUUUUCGAGUGAAUUAUUCCUUCCCAAUCUUGGACAAGAUCUUUUACGAGAAUAUCCUGUCUCGACUCUUCAAAAUAAGAAUGGAAUGGAUUUAAAUUAUGACAAGAUGAUUUUCCAUUUGAAUGGAUCAUCCAUCAACAAGUCAUAUUUCAAUAUUUCCAAAUAUUUGGACAUUCCAGAAUUGUUUGAAAAUGAAUAUUAUAUUCAAUGGUUCACUUUGCGAUUCAAUCGUUCUCAAAUUUUGAACCAACUUGAAAGGGCAUAUUCCAACAACAGGACUGAAAUGCAACAAAACGAAAUGUAUUUACUGUUAACAUCCAUUCAUCCAAGUCCAAAGAAUGUGAAAUUCUCCUUUUCCUCAUUGAUGACAUUUAACAGUUCCAUUCAAGUUCUUUCACUUGUCACCUCCAACAUUCCUCUCAUCAAUACAUGUGGUACGAAAUCUCCUGUAGUUGCAUUUGCUUGGAAUUCAUGGCGUUUGUGGUUUGUGUUGGGAAUGGCCCUUUUAAUGCUCAUUGUGUUAGUAAGUUCCAUCUGGAGACCUUAUUUUGUGGUCCUUUUGACUCUAGUGAUCUUCCAAUUGGCAGGUAUUCUCAGUUUAAAUGAUGCAUUGAGUGGGUUUUCCAAUUCGGGCACUCUUAUUGUGGCUCUUUUAUUUCCAAUUGUGAAACCAUUGAGUGAAAAUUCACUCGUGUUGAAAUUUUCAGGACUUUUAUUUGGAAGUCCCAUUCGAUUCAAAACAAACAACAAAAAGAACGCCUUUCUCAAUCAUCUCUCACUCGUGCUUCCCACAUUGAGAAUUGGUCUCGUCUUUACUUUAUUCAGUGCCUUUGUUUCGAACACACCUGUUGUUGCCACUGGAAUUCCACUCAUUUUGGAAUGGGCCAAACAACAUCGACUUGCAUCUUCAAAAUUCCUCAUGACUCUCUUAUAUACCACGGUUGGAGGUGGUUUAUUGACCUAUAUUGGAACUUCAGCAAGCAUUGUUGCGAAUGGUAUUUAUACUCAAUUUGGUUAUUCUUCAUUGACCUUUUAUGAAUUUAUUUAUGUGGGAUCUAUAUUGGCUUGUUUUACCAUUAUUUAUUGCUCUUUGUAUGUGUUAUGGAUCUCUCCUAAAGAAGGUGUGAAACCAAAACUCAACACUUCAACCUUGUCUUCCAUCAUUGGGUUUUCAGACCUGUCCACAAAAAAGGCAAUUCCAAAAGUAAGAGAACGUUCUGAACUGUUUGUGUCCUUGGUGAAAAUGUCUCACUUAGAAUCUCAACCCAAACGUUCCAAAGCGUAUCGAUUAUUUACCACCAUGAAUGGAUCCUCUAAGGAAAAGAUUCUUCAAAAAUUAGAAUUAGGAAAACACUUUGAUCUUGAAGCCAUUCUGAGAGAAGAAUUGAGAACAAAAGAAGAAAUUGGAGAAACAUCAUCCAUACCUUCAACAUCAUCCUAUCGAGUGGAUGAGUCUCCUCAAGUUUCUGAUCCAUCCAAGGAUAAGGCCAACAAUACCUUUGAGACUCAUUCCACCACAAUUGAACCUACUUGUGAUUCUGUUUGCUCCCAAAAUGAUUUAUCUAAAAUCCCUCCAAAGGAAGAACAUUCACAGCAAGAAAGAGUUUCUGGCAUCUCCUUCUUGAGACAUAUUUCACCUGUUCCUUUGAGUGAAAUCGUUCAAAAGAAUGACAUUUUGAUAUUUAGAGGUCUUUCAGAUUCCAUCUUUAAAUUACAUUCCAUGAUGGUUGAAUGUAAGGAGAAGGAGGAAACAUUUCAAAAAACAGAUCAUGAAAUUCAUCAACAAGUGAGUGGAGAUACUCGAGUGGGACUCUCUUCCAAUCCUCAAGAAUCUAUAGAUAGUACAGUUGUUCUGACCACCACUUCCAGGAAUGGUGCAUCUUCUUCUCAUCCAGAACCACUCUUAAUGCCAUCCUCCAAUAACCUUCCAACACAAAUCUUAGAAGUCCCUUAUUGCGAAGAAGGUAGAAACUCACAAAGUAGUAGUAACGGAAAUUUAAAUUCUUACCAUUCGACCGAUCUACUCAUUGAAUCUCCCACCACUCUCAGUGAUUCUUCCUUCCAUUCCCAUCCCAAUAACACUGUGACCAAUCAACUCUAUUUGAAUCUCAAAAAGAAGAAUGUGGUGGAUGCUGGAGAGAAAAAACCUUCACUUGAAAGUCCACCUCAGCAUCAGCACCACCCUUCGACCUCAUCGACACUCAACACUCCAACGACUCCACGAAAGAGAUUUAGUUUGAAAUUUCAUCGAGAACAUCCAUCGUCCGAUGAAACUCACAAGGAUGGUCUCAAUGAAUUGGAAUUUUUCGAAGUCGUGGUCGGACCUUCGAAUUCUUGUGUCGGUCAACUUUAUGAAAGCUUCGAGAGGCGCUUUCAAGUCAAAGUUCUUGCCAUUCGUCAACUCAAUUCCUCGACCACUCUCAUCUCUGAUGAAAGGACGGUAAAGAAUCCACAACCUGAAAAAACAACCAUUUGGACCAAAACAGAUCAUGAUUUAACUCUUCAAACUGUCUCUGUGGGUGAUACCAUACUCAUUUUGGGAAAGACUCGAUUCUAUCGAAUUCAUCAUGACUCCUCUCGAGAUUUUUAUGUCAUUUCAAGAAUGAGUCACGUGUCACCUUAUCAUGAUCCUUUCAGUUCCAAAAAGGUCGUAUGGACCAUUCCAUGCACUCACAAGACACUCAAUUUAUGGUGGUGGGAACAUUGGAUCUUUGUCUUCUUUCUUGCCAUGAUUUCUUGUGCAAUUGCCGGAUUUCCAAUGGUUCAAUGUACAUUGGUGACUUUUUGUGUCAUUAUCUUGUUUGGACUCAUUUCCCCAACCAAAGCUGUCGAUUGUAUUGAAUGGAGAUUAGUGGUCAUGGUUGGAGCAUCGUUUGGAAUUGCCAAUGCCAUUACUCAGAGCGGAGUGGCAGAAGCCUUAACAGAAUUUCUGAGAUGGAUGAAUAUGCCUCUUCUCUUACUUCCUGCAUGUCUUGUUUUGAUCACCUUGUGCAUCACUUCGAUUAUUACUAAUAAUGCAGCAGUGGCAAUUUGUUUGCCAUUAGGAUUAGCCGUAGCGAGAGCUUAUGGUUUGAAUCCGAGAUGUAUGGCCAUGUGUGUAACCUAUGCGGCUUCAAGUGUAUUCGCAACACCUAUUGGCUAUCAAGCCAAUAUGCUCAUCAUGGUCCGGGAGGUUAUACCUUUAUGGAUUAUUUGA